CUACAUAGCUGAUGAUGUAAACAGAAAAGACGCCUCAUCCGGAUAAGUCACAUACCAUAAAGUCAGACAAUCUGUAUUUAUCUCGGCAACAGUGAUUCAUUUUUGUUUUCCUUGAUAUGUUUUAAUUCAUAGAAACAAGAAGCAAUGGACUUCUACAUCAAUUUGAAGGUGAAUUUUAGGGGGAAUGCGAAGAAUUUUCUUCUGUCGGGUUCCGAGACGAAGAGUUGGGAGUCAAUGGAGGCCAUGGUGAAAAGGUCCUUUGGCCUGUGUAAUCUACAAGUUACUUAUUUUGAUGAGGAGAAUGAGGAGGUAUCCAUAAACAGCCAAAUGGAGUAUGAGGAGGCAUUAAAGAGUGCAUCCAGGCAAGGGAACCGGCUGCACAUGAAUGUGUAUGAGACCAGGGGUCAGCCCACGCGUGUGCCGGCCAAGGCCAGUGGAGGGGAGCCCAAGAGAGGGUUCCGUCCCCCACAGCACUGCCCAACCCUGGCUCAGGUGGUGAGCCGGAAGGUCCAGGCUGCUGUCCCCGAACAGGGCAUGGUGAUCAUGAAAGAACUAAAGGGGACCAAAGAGGAAGAUAAGACACCUCCAGCAUGGUUUACAUCUUACAUGGAGAAGUUCAAAGAUCAAGUAGUGAGGGAGGCAGUGGAGAAGAUCUGUCGGGAGUUCUCGGGCCAGUGCUGCAUCCACAAGCCCAUUGGGGCUGAGGCCCAGAUCCCUGAGGUGACCUCCUCCACCCUGCCUGGGGGUCCUAGUUCCACCCCUGCCUGCAGCAGCUGCCGGGGCCAGACCGCUGGGGGAGGAUACCAGUGCAGUGUGUGUACGUCCUGCACACUGUGUGAGCCCUGCAGCUUCUCCCAUGACCCCAGCCACAACCUGGUGAGAGCCAGAACACCCCUCUCUAUCCCUGAGCACGGCUCACCAGCCCCAGACCACAGCAGGUUCUACCGGCGAGGGGACCGGAGCUUCCGUAAGGCGGAGAAGCAGCGUCUGAAGGCUGAGAAGCGUCAGCUGAAGGCGGAGGUAAAGGAGAUCAGGAAGCAGCUGAAGAUGGAAAGGAGGGGCCUGCAGUGGAGUGCUGCUGGCGAAGGGAGCUCCUCCCCCGUCCUGCUCCAACCCAGGGCCACCCAGGCCAACAGCCCAGAACGUCCCAAGCGACCCUGCCCUCUUGUGGUGCCAGCCAUGACGGCCCUGUUCCUGGAUGAGAACCUGCCUGAUGGGACUCGUCUUCGCCCGGGCACCAAGUUCAUCAAGUACUGGAAGAUGAGAAACACUGGCAGCGUGAGCUGGAGCUCUGAAACCAAGCUGAAGUUCAUGUGGGGGAAUCUGGCGGUGGCGUCGGGUGACCGCUGGCGUGAGGUGGCUGUGCCUUUCCUGCAGCCAGGUCAGGUGGGCGUGGUAAGCGUGGCCCUAUGCGCCCCAGCCCUGGAAGGCUCAUACACCUCCCACUGGCGUCUGGCACACGGUGGGGAGCAGUUUGGCCCUCGUGUCUGGUGCAGCAUUGUGGUGGACCCCCUGGCCCCUGCAGCCGUGAUGGCAGAUGGCGUGCUGGUGUCACCCUGCGUCACCCCUCAGGGGAAGAACCCCCUCUCCACAGAUAAGGGUGGGAAGUCUGGUACUGCAGCCUCUAGGGACCAAGCACUCAUGUCAGUGGACCAAGACGAAGGAGAAUACUACAUUCCCUCUGUGGACCUGCUCACAGCCCAGGACUUACUCUCCUUUGAGCUGCUGGAUAUCAACAUUGUUCAGGAAAUAGAGAGCGUGCCCAACAACACCCCGGGAGAUAUGACCCCGUGCAUAUCCCCACUGCCCCAUGACGGUCCCCUGCAGGAGAAGCCCACCCUGGGGUUGAUCCAGGAGGAAGCAGAGGCCCAUCAGGCCCAGGGAGUCAAAAGCAUCCAGCCUUCUCAGGGCCUGGGGCCAGGGGCGGAGGGGGGACGGGUUCCAGCCCAGGAGGAGGGAGAGGAGGAUAUGAGCGGGACUCAGUUUGUGUGUGAGACGGUGAUGCGCUCGCUCACACUGGAGGAGGCCCCAGACCACACACCCCUGCGUGGGAACUGCUCCAGCAAAGUGGUCCGCCCAGCAGCCCAAGGUGGCUCCGCCUCCUCUUCUCUUAAAGGGAAAGGUGUUGAGAAGCGUUUGGAGGCGAGGUUUGAGAAAACCCGGGACAUAUUACCUGUGGCUCCUCUCACAGCCCUAGCACCUCCCCAGAUGGCUAUACCAGAGCUGAUGAUGCCAGAUGAGGGUCUGGAGUCAGACAUCGAGAGCAUCUGCGUGGACGCCAGCGGGGACGAAGAUAAAGGAGAGUUGACAGAGGGGAACAGGGGCCCUCGCAGCCGUUCCUCCUCUGCCUCAUCCGAGGAUUACAUCAUCAUCCUCCCUGACUGCUUCGACACCAGCCGCCCGCUGGGAGAGUCCAUGUACAGCUCCGCCCUCUCCCAGCCUGGCGACGCCCCCGACAAGCCCACAGACCCUGACCACCAGGGCCGUACCACUCCCGAGGGGGAGCACGAUGAAGCAGAAGAGACGGUUUCAGGCUCCAGCAGCGCUAACGAUAUGCUGUGCACCUCCCAGACUUUGGACGCCGUGCCCCUAACCCCUGUGGUGGUGGCACCCCCUUGGCUCAACUCAGCUCUUACACUGAGCCUAGACGGCAAUGAUCAGACCGAGGCAGCAACGGAGUCCCUGGACAGGCCUGAGGUCUACCAGCCGGGGGAGUCAGAGGAUGGUUCCAAGCAGCCAGACAGCCAACCAGACAGCCCAUCUGCUUCUGAUGACUCAGAAGACAACUCCGAAGACCCUAGGCACCCAGGCAUCACUGGAGGCCUGGUGAAAGGAGCCCUGUCUGUCGCAGCAUCCGCCUACAAGGCUCUGUUCACUGGGCAGCCUGGCCCAGUGCAGCCCCCAGUGGAUGGAGCCACCCAGGACACCAUGAUGGGGGUGCUGGUGGAGAUGGGCUUUGGUGACCGGCCGCUCAACCAGCGGCUGCUGAAGAAACACAACUACAACCUGCUGGACGUGGUCAACGAACUGGUCCAGAUGACCGACAAUGACUGGUACUCCACCCGCUACUGAGGAGAGAGGGAGGAGGAGGAGAAAGAGGAGCGGGGGUGGCGUCAUGGGUUUAACCUCUGAUGCCUUGACCUCUUGUCUCUUCUUCCUCUCUUAGAUUUGGCCCAAGUUGACAGGAGAUAUCCUGAUUUAUGACCUAGAGACAUUCCCACGGACUUUGGGAUAUUUAGACUAUCAAAUAGCUACAGUAUGUAUGUAUGUAUGUAUGUAUGUAUGUAUGUAUGUAUGUAUGUAUGUAUGUAUGUAUGUAUGUAUGUAUGUAUGUAUGUAUGUAUGUAUGUAUGUAUGUAUGUAUGUAUGUAUGUAUGUAUGUAUGUAUGUAUGUAUGUAUGUAUGUAUGUAUGUAUGUAUGUAUGUAUGUAUGUAUGUAGAUUCAUUUAACAUGGCUGUUUCUGGCUGUUGGCUUUUGCAUAGAAAAGGAGGAGACAGAAGGGGGGUGGAUGGGGUGGGCUACUCUUUCCAGGAGAACACCUUCAUUGUUGUGGUAACAAAUGGCAAACAUAUCACAAGUUGCUAUCGCCAAGCCAUUCCUGUUAAACAGUAUACUCACCCUUGAAAUCAUAGAUUGGAAUACAGGCUGAAUAUGCAGCCAUAGACCAGGUAUAUUCAACAAGAGUUACAGGAAAAGGUGUGAGCUUAGCUGAAGGGGUGUUGGGUGUAAUAUUUAUCACAGAGAGACAGAACCAUAUAGGACUUCUAUAAGCUGUGGCAAUAGUCAACAUUGUAUGACGUUAAUCAACUUCAUAGAGUGUUUGAAUAGUGGACACGUCAGGGUCCUCGUUCCAAGUGUGAAUGACUGUCAGUGUUGGAGAACGCUAUGCUUCGUUCAGAUCACAGCAAUUAAAAACAAACACUCACCCCCACAUGCUUAAACCUUUCUCAGCUUAACUGUUCAAAGUAUCAGCGUACUGAUUGAAGAUAAUCAUUCCCCUACUUUCUGUGAUGUCGUGCCAUGGCUGACAACAUGCUAUGGAUAUUUGUGCGUAAUGGUGUACACAUGAAGUAUUUUUGAAAUGAGGACCAUUACAUUGAUGCACUCCAUUUAAUUUCAUUUUGAGAGGGUAUAUUAAUCACCAUUCUUAACUAGGAGUAUAUUUGGGUUUAAAAAGAAAAAUCAUGUAAAUAUAAUAUACAAAUGAUUUAUUUUGUUGCACAUGGAAUAAAUAAAUAUUGAUGCAAA